AUGCAGCACACAUCUGUCGGCUUUGCUCAUACAAGUGGAGGGCUCAUCAAGAUCAAAGACCAUGAAGGUCAUAGCCCAUUUGACGUGUAUGGCACAACCAUAGGAAACCGCAAUAUACACACUUUCAAUCAUGCACAGACAAUAGGAGCAGGCUAUUCUGAUGACGAAGAGAAUGAUAUGGCCCAAGGCGUCAGCGGAGAUCCUGAAGACUCCCAAGUUCCGCGAUUGCAACCACAGACGCAAGUCAAUGGUGAUGAAAUGUUUGCCUUCGGAAGCAACAAAAAUUUGACCCUUGGCCUCGGCGACGAGGACGAUCGUCAAUUUCCAGAGCGAGUCUACCUGAACCGACCAGAUCGGCUAAUGUACUCCUUCUAUGAAGGUUUCAAGUCUUCAUCAAUGAAUAGACCAAGAAGCACUUCCGACGAGAAGCGGUCCAGACCUUUCGGAAUCUUCGAACUCCCAGCGGCUGUUCGCUAUCGGCCAUUGACCGUUCAAGACGUUCAAUUAUCCAAGCUGUCCUCAACAAUCCUGACAAAUGAUCCACAGGCGAAUCUGUACAUGUGCGGCUUUGGGUCUGGGGGUCGGCUCGGUACAGGUGACGAAUCGACACGUUUCAGCUAUGUCAAUAUUCAAGGAGGAGGACUUGGAGCAAAGAGGGUUAUACACAUCGCUCUCGGCCAGAACCAUACUAUUGCCAUCACUAAUGAAGGCGAAACAUACACAUGGGGAAAUAAUGCUUUUGGUCAACUGGGAUACGCGCCUAAUGCCAACGCAGCUGGUGCGAAAGACGAAGAUCCCGUCCAACUUCUUCCACGCCAGGUCUUUGGACCACUGAAGCGUGAAGUAGUAAUCGGUGCGGCUGCCUCACGAAUUCAUAGCGCCGUGAUCACAUCUACAUCUCUCUACACGUUUGGCAAGAACGAAGGGCAAAUGGGCUUGGUUGAUUCUGAUGCACGCUCUCUCAUCUCACAAAAUACCCCUCGGAAGGUCGGUGCUUCUCUCUUUACAUCGUCAAUCAAGUCAGUCUCAGCCAUAGACAAAGCAACUAUCUGCCUGUUGGAAAGCCAUGAAGUUCUAGUCUUUGCCAACUAUGGCUAUACGAAAAUUGUUUUUCCAGUCGAAAACACAAAGUUUUUGCAAGACUUAGGACGUGGUAACGAUAGGUUCACGGAGACUAGACCGGUCCUCAGAGGCAAUCAAGUUUGCAAAAUUACCUCAGGAGGUGACACUAUAUGUGCUAUGACAGCCUUGGGCGACGUAUUCACAAUGCAAGGGGCUCUGUCGCCGCCCCAGCAAGUCUGGGCUCUUCGGAAAUCCCAUAUGGCUGUCAGAGACGUCGAUGUUGGUCAAGAUGGGUCUAUCAUCAUUUGCACGGAAGCUGGAUCGGUAUGGAGACGCGUCAAACGAGCUACGAUCAAAGACGCAACUAUAUCCAAAGCAUCUGACUACAAAGCCAAGGACUACAAAUUCUCUCGUGUACCAGGAUUAACACGUAUUGCCGCUGUGCGAAGCAAUACCUUCGGCGCUUACGCUGCUAUGCGUCGAGACUGUGACGUUCUGCAAACGCAAAUCGAUGUAGACGCCGUUUCUUUGUGGAAGGAUCUAUAUCCUCUAUUACCAUUUCAUGGAUUUGGAGCUGAGGACUCUGAUACAGAGGAUCCAAGACCUCGAUUCUGGGUCUCGAGUCAGCCUGAUGAUGUUGCAACAAUUCGUCAAGCCGUCUUACGGACCCGGACGCUGGAGACCGAUAUCGCCGAGUUCCUGGUAGAUCGGACAACACGAGACCACGAUUUCGACUUACAAGUCGGCAGUACUAUUUGCGACGCUCGCAUCCCUGUCCACACUUUCAUGUUCGCAGGUCGAAGCCACAUCUUGAACAAAGCUCUGACUGUCUUCCAAAAAGAGUACUUCUACUCCGUUCAAGAUGUUUUCAACAUUGAGUACGAUAGUGAGGGAAAGCCAAUCAUCCUCUUCCAGGGCAUUGAUUUCAUCACAUUGAUCAACCUUGUACUGUACGUGUACACCGACUCGGUAGUCAGCGUAUGGCAAUUUCGGCGCCCGCCAGACAUGGCCCUCCGCUACCGGCAGGUUCGCGUAGAGCUGAUGAAAGUUGCGUCCGCCUUGGAAAUGCGCAGAUUGGAGCAUGCUGUAAGGUUGAUGACCGAACCACCAAAGACACUGCGUGAAGACUUCGACCAUGCUAUCACCUUCCCAGCCUUUUUCGAAAAUGGUGACAUAAAGGUCGAGCUUGACGGAGCUACACAAAUGGUACACGGAGCCCUUGUCUGUCGACGCUGCCCGUUCUUCGAAGGUUUAUUCCAAGGCCGUGCAGCCGGCCGCUGGCUCUCCUCGCGGCGUGAUGACGACCAAGAUGCGCCAGAACCAAUUCAGGUCGAUCUAACGCAUGUCAGCCCUGACGUCUUCAAGUAUGUCUUGAGACACAUUUAUGCAGACACAGAUGAGACAAUGUUCGAAGAUGUUAUAACAGCGGAUCUCGACGCUUAUUUAGAUCUGAUUAUUGAAGUCAUGUCAGUUGCAAAUGAAUUGAUGCUAGAUCGGCUUACACAGAGCUGUCAAAAGCUGCUCGGCAAACAUGAACUCGAAGCCGACAUCAUGUUAGAACUUGACGAGACUGUCCAGCAGAAUCAACUCAACUGCAUGCCUUUCGCCAAAAGCGGAAAAGCAGAGGCUGACAUAGUAGAACAAUACCCUAGACUUCUCGAACGUUUUGAGCGUAGCAAGCAGGUGAAAAUCGACCGAGUACGCCUGCAAGCCAAAUUGAGAGAUGAAAAUAAAGGCACUGGCACUCUCAAAGGGCGUAAAGACCUACCUGAAGAUUUUGAGCAGAAUGCCCCUUCGCGCAAGUCCCCGAAAAUUAUGCCCAAGGAAGUCUCGAAGAGCCCAAAAUUUGCACCUCAACCGUCUACACAUGACUUGAUGUUUGACAUGGAUGGUCUUGAUGACCAGCAAGAGAAGCGAUCAUCAUCAGCAGGACCCAGAUCUGAUUCGUAUCUACAUCGUCCAAGCCAGCUUAACAAUACAGAGUUCGACGCAUUACCUACCUCCCUUGAAUCAGACCUAGCGGCUUCCACAAGCCCAUACUCCCAUAAUGACUUGAUAAGAUCACCAGGUAUUGAUCUUGAUCAUUUUCAAGAUCAUUCAAUUGCUCUAGACAACAGCCGACCUUGGGCAGCACCAGGCUUCUCGGCAUCAAAGCUCAACAUGAAAGAAAUCAUGGCUCAAGCCUCAAGUCUUGGAACGUCUUCUAUUUCCACUGCACUUGCUACGCGGGAGAAACAGCCGCAGUCCCCUCAAACGCCUAGAAAGUCAAGCGUGCCGCAGAAGGUGUCCCAAAAAGAACGUAAAAGACAACAGCAAGAGCAACUUGCACAAGCGUCGUCACCGCCAGUUCAGGUAGCGACUCCGGCCCCUAAGGCCAAGCCUGACUCGCAAGCAAAGCCAAUUUCACCGUGGCAGAGAGCAUCCUCAGGCUCAAGAAUAUCUUUGAAAGACAUCCUUGGCGAGGAAACGAAGUCGCCAUCACCUAAAGACAAGGUCCCACACCCUAGCUCUCCAUCCAUGACACUCCGUCAGACCGUGGCUGGCAAACCACCUUCUCGCCACCCUUUUAGCGACUCUUCCCAGACUCCUGCAGCGCCUGCACAACGAAGUGUCUCUUCACCCACCAGCACCGCACCCGUUCAAGCUCACCAAAGCCCGCUAUCACCACCUCGCUCGCUUUCAACGUAUACACCGCCCGUUCCCACACAGCCUCAGAUCCAUUCUAUCCGCCAUUCGACUCCGGCCUCAGCGGCAGAACCUUCCCUUCAACUUUCCAUGUCUGACAUUCUUUCCCAGCAACAGACGGAGAAGGAUGUCAUCAGGGACGCAGUGGCAAAGCGGUCACUGCAGGAAAUUCAGGAGGAGCAGGCGUUCCAAGAGUGGUGGGAUGCUGAGAGUAGGAAGGUGCAGCUUGAGGAACAGGGUAGUAAGAACGGUGCAGGCAAGGCGGGUGGAAGGGGAAGGGUUAGGAGGGCUAGAGGGAGAGGAGGUGCGGGUGCUGCUAAAGGGGGGGCGUGGUGA